AUGGAGAUUCCCGCCGCCAAAAACGCAGAUGACCCGACAGAUCUAGGCCAACUAGAAAUCCCUAGACCCAGGGACGUAGCUGUCAAAGAGUGCGUUGAAUGGCAACAGUCAAAUGUCACUGAUGACAAUCUCAAACCUGCAUUCCGACAAGCGUGCGAUGUGACGCUCGAAGAUGGUCUUAAUCUUGAGCAGGUCUACAAAGACCAAGACCCAGAAUUCUUCAUCGGUAAGGGAAUAAAAAAGGGCAUUGCCCGUCGUUUCGUACAGGAUAUUCCUGGCUAG